AUGAACCUUUCUUCCUCAGCCAAACACCAACGUCCCCUCCGCUCGCGGCAAAGCCCCGAGCUAGGCGGCUCCUCCUCAACCCCGCGCUCCACAUCCGGUGCCUGCACGCCGACCUCCCCGGGCCCCGCCCCCUCCGCCUUCUCCAGCUUCUGGGGCGGCCUCGUCCGUCGUUUCUCCGGAGAAUCAACGCCAAAAUACUACGAGACUAGCAGCGAGCGACACCACCGACGCAAUGGUACGGCAGAUGCGGUACUCACCAAGUCGUCGCGGACCAGGACGCCCUCGCCCGAGGGGGGCAAGCUAACCCUGCCACCGCUGCCACCGCUAGAGUUGGUGGGAUUUGCGGAGGAUACGGCGCCAUCGGCGCGGCUGCUGACGGUGCAGGUGGCGGAGGAGAUUCGGAUUAUGGUGCCGGCGAGGUUGAGCAUUGUAGAGCAGUGGAAACUGGUGUAUAGCUUGGACCAGGACGGAGCCAGUCUGGCGACGUUGUAUGACAAGUGCUCGCGGUAUCAGGGAAAGAGGGUUGGGUUUGUGCUGUGUGUCCGGGACGCUGGCGGAGGGCUUUUCGGCGCCUAUCUCUCCGACUACCCUCACCCAGCGCCCAAGUACUUCGGCACGGGAGAGUGUUUCCUCUGGCGAGUUGCGGUCAUCAACUCUCGGACUAAUGACUCCGAUGAGAAGCCUCCGCAACCUGAGAUUCGCUUCAAGGCGUUCCCCUAUUCAGGCGUGAACGAGUACUAUAUGCUGUGCGAGGCACACUUUCUGAGCAUGGGCGCUGGCGACGGCAAGUACGGCUUGUGGCUGGACGACAGUCUGGAGCGCGGCAUCAGCUCAAGGAGCCAGACGUUUGGCAACGAACCACUUAGCGAUGAAGGAGAGAAGUUUGAUGUUCUCGGUGUCGAGGUUUGGGUUAUUGGAGGCUGA